AUAUAUUUUCCGAUCUAUUCAGACCGGAUGUUGACAAUUGUUUACUAACCAAUAUCAGUGAAUUUGUAAUUUUAGUUAUCGUCAUCAAGAAUAAGUAUGCCACCAAAAAGAACAAGCCAAGCUCGCGCAAAACCAUCAACAGUCUCAAAACAAAAGAAACGCAGGACAUCAAUGAACUUGGAAGUGGUUUCGCCAGCUUUAUCCGUUUCGCCAGCUUUAUCCCCCGAUGUACUGGAAACCAUCACAGCACAGGUGACCCAGCGGGUGACGGCCACAAUUAGAGACGAGUUGACAACGCUGAUAAACAACAUUAACAGCAACAGUGCUUCAAAUUCUCAGGGGAGUAUUAGUAUAAAUCCUCUAGGGGCAUCUAACAACAAUGAUAAUGACGGGUUGGUAAGAGAAUCUAGACAUCUGGACAACGCUAUUCAACACUCAGUUGAAGCGGUAGUUGUGGAUCACUCUGAGAAAAUCGCUGGUAAGUGUCCGACAGGUUUUGUUAGUACAGCAGUACCAAUUGAUGCAAGGGUAUCGGAUCAAACUAAAUCAAAAAUUUGGUCAAACCAGUAUAUAGAAUUUGCAAGCCUUUUGUCGAAAGACAAACAAAAGAAAGGUAAGUUAUCUAUACAGGUCGAAGAUGGUGACAGUCCAGGCAAGCUUACAAUCCACCAGGUAGAGAACGAUUCCCAAAGCGAGGUAACUCUCUCAUCCAUGCAUGACUGGCUUACAGCAUGGAAUAGAUUUGCUGCAAUUUAUUGUAUUAAAUACCCAGAAUAACAAGCUAAAUUAGCUAAACAUUUAGAAUCAGUCAGAGAUAUUGCAGACGCCAAGGGCAAUUGGAAAGCUUACGACACCGAUUUUAGGAUGCUUGUUGCCCAAGGACAAGUUUCAUGGGGUGAUGUACACAUGGAGUUAUAUGUUAAUGCCAGACUGACGACAGCUCUAUCUUCAAAACCUAACAAAAGUCAUAAAGAUAUGUCAUAUAGCUCUAUGCCAAGAGGUGUCUGUUUCCAGUACCAUUCAGGUAAGAAUUGUUCAGCAGGCUUUUCUUGUCGCUUCCAACACAGAUGUUAUAACUGCGGCGGGUCACACCCUUUUAUUCAAUGUACAAAGCAAGCCAAGCAGCCCUUUCGGAUCAUGCAGAGGUAUCAAAACCAAACAGGUAGUACAAAUACAGGGAAACAAUAUAACCAAUCAAAAUUAUUUGGCACAUCCAAGCAAGGGCCCAACACCAAUCAAGGUAAAUAGACUUGCUCAUUGGUUAUCAGGGUAUGAUGA